GCGAGGGGCAGAGACUUCCUUCAUGCUGGAUCGCUCUUAAUCUUCCACGAAAGUGGAAGAAAAACCCUAAGAAUGCAGAAAGAUGGGCGACAAUGUUGAUUAUCCCUUCUUCAAAGGUGAUGAUACUACUCGCCCAUCUACUCUACUCAACAUGUCUCACCCCCCCUUGAGUCAUCAUCAGAAGAUACACCUUUCACUGUACCCAGCUGUUGUUCUAUCUAAGAUGCAGAUUCCCUGAUUCCCCUCAAUUGCGAGUUUUCAAUUCUUCAAAGACGGUUGAGUUCUUACAGCUUCGUCAUCCCAUUGUGUUGUUGUAGCAGUAAUAAUAGCCUGUCUAGUGACAUUUUUGUUCUUCUGCGUUUGAAAUGGAGAAAGGGAAUGUGUUGAUGAAGAGAUAUGAUAUUGGGAGAUUAUUAGGCCAAGGAAACUUCGCAAAGGUAUACUAUGGAAGAGACAUCAAAUCUGGCCAAAGCGUAGCCAUCAAGGUGAUCCAUAAGGAGAAGGUACUAAAGGCUGGUUUGAUUGAACAAACCAUGCGAGAAAUAUCCAUCAUGAGGUUAGUCAAACACCCGAACAUCUUACAGCUUUACGAAGUCAUGGCUACGAAAACAAAGAUAUAUUUCGUAAUGGAAUACGCAAAAGGAGGCGAGCUUUUCAAGAAGCUAUGCAAAGGAAGGCUUAAGGAAGAUGUUGCCAGAAGGUACUUUCGACAAUUAGUGAGUGCGAUUAGAUUCUGUCAUAGCAGAGGAGUUUAUCACCGCGAUCUAAAGCCAGAAAACAUCCUUCUAGACGAGAAUGGUGAUCUAAAGGUUUCUGAUUUCGGAUUGAGUGCGCUGGCCGAAUCAAAGCUUCAAGACGGUUUGCUUCAUACAACAUGUGGAACUCCGGCCUAUGUUGCACCUGAAGUCAUCGGAAGAAAAGGCUACGAUGGUGAAAAGGCUGAUGUUUGGUCUUGUGGGGUUAUAUUAUUCGUUCUUCUAUCCGGGUACCUUCCGUUUUUUGAUUCAAACCUUAUUCGGAUGUAUAGAAAAAUAUGCAAGGCUGAGUACAAAUCUCCAAGUUGGUUUCCACCCAACAUUCGAAAGCUGUUAACUAGAAUCUUGGAACCGAACCCGCAUAUUAGGAUCUCAUUCGAUAAAAUAAUCGAGCAUCCAUGGUUCAUGGAAGGGCUUGAAACCAAACCGUGUGAUAAUGAAAGUAAGGAAAAGGAAAUGAUCUUACCUGUAAUGACGAAAAGUACUACUAACACAAACGCGUUUGCUAUCAUUUCUCUUUCAAUGGGGUUCGACUUAUCUGGUUUGUUCAUAGAAAAUGAUAACAAGGAAGAGGUGCAAUUUACGUCGAAGAACUCCCCAUCGGAAAUCAUGAUCAAACUAGAAGAGAUAUCGGGGAAUUUGAAUUUCAGAGUUGUGAAGAAGGAUGAAGGGCUUUUGAGAUUGGAAGGAAACAUGAGUGGUGAUUGUUUGUGUGUUGAUAUUGAGAUCAUUGAAUUUGCUUGUUCCUUUCAUGUGGUUGAGAUGAAGAAAGUAAAGGGAGAUGUGGUUUGUUUCCAAAAGUUUCUUAAUGGAGGGAUUAGAACUGCUCUUAAGGAUGUUGUUUGGUCUUGGCAAGGCGAACUGCCAAUGGUUAACGAUGGCGACUAGUUAUGCUUACUCUGUAAGUGGUUAUAACUUUCAAUUUGUGCUAAUUAAGUUGAUAUUUCCAUGAAGUUAUUCAAUUUACUUGUACUCAAGAUUGGUAAAUUGCUUAUCUAUAUGCAUUGUAACUUUGUAAUUGACUUUUGGGAUGCUUAAAAAUGAUGUU